UUGCCAUUAUCGGGUUCUUUGCCGCUUGCCUUCUCAUUGUGAAGCUGAGCCGGAGCAAUGUGGUGCAGCCGCCUUCUGAGCUACCCCCUCUCCCAGGGGCAAUGUAGUUCCUACAGAGCAAGGGCUGCCCUGGCCCAACUCAACCACGUCCUGGAGGCUGAGCUAGAGAGCAUCCGAGGCGCUGGUACCUGGAAGAGUGAGAGGAUUAUAACAUCAAAACAAGGGCCACACAUCCACGUAGAAGGCAGCAGAGGAGAGAUCCUGAAUUUCUGUGCUAAUAACUAUCUAGGGCUCUCCAGCCACCCUGAGGUGAUCCGCUCUGGACUAGAGGCCCUGGAGAAGUUCGGAGCUGGUCUCAGCUCUGUCCGUUUCAUCUGCGGGACUCAGAAUAUACACAAGAACCUGGAGGAGAAGAUCUCUCGUUUCCACCAGAGAGAAGACGCCAUCCUCUAUGCCAGCUGCUUUGAUGCCAAUGCUGGUAUCUUUGAGGCACUGCUGACCCCAGAAGAUGCAGUGCUGUCGGACGAGCUGAAUCAUGCCUCCAUCAUUGACGGGAUCCGCCUGUGCAAGGCUAAUAAAUACCGCUACAAGCACAUGGACAUGCAGGACCUGGAGGCCAAGCUGCAGGAUGCACAGAAACACCGCCUGAGGCUGGUGGCUACCGAUGGUGCCUUUUCCAUGGAUGGUGACAUCGCCCCGUUGAAGGAGAUCUGCAGCCUGGCCCAGAAAUACCAGGCCCUCGUCUUCAUCGAUGAAUGCCAUGCCACUGGCUUCCUUGGGCCCAAUGGGCGGGGUACUGAUGAACUGCUGGGGGUAAUGGACCAAGUGGACAUUGUCAACUCAACGCUGGGGAAGGCACUUGGAGGAGCAGCAGGUGGCUACACAACUGGCCCCAAGGCCCUUAUUGACCUGCUGCGCCAGCGCUCCCGCCCGUACCUCUUCUCCAACAGCCUGCCUCCUGCUGUCGUGGGCUGUGCCUCCAAGGCCCUGGACCUGCUCAUGGAGAGCAAUGCCAUUGCGCAGUCCAUGGUGGCCAAGACCAGGCGGUUCCGAAGCAAGAUGGCUGCAGCCGGAUUCAGCAUCUCGGGGAAUGAUCACCCCAUCUGCCCUGUGAUGCUGGGCAAGGCCCGGCUAGCGUCCGUGAUGGCUGAUGACAUGCUGGAGAGAGGCAUUUAUGUCAUCGGCUUCAGCUACCCCGUGGUCCCCAAGGGGAAGGCGCGGAUCCGGGUGCAGAUCUCAGCCGUCCACAGUGAGGACGACAUCGACCGCUGCGUGGAGGCCUUCACAGAGGUGGGGCGUAAACAUGGAGCGUUGCCCUGACUAACCAGCUAGCACAGGGGAUGUGAUGGGGCCUUUCUCAGCCUUUCCACAAGCAAGACCGUGCCUAACCUGGGGAAGAACCAUAACCAGAGUGAUGCCCACAAGAUAGUAGGAUGUUGAAGAUAAACGGAUCCUGGCCUCUGGGAGGCGUUAGCCACCAUAGCGUUCACAGUGGUGGGGGCGAUGGUUUGGGGGUGGCUCUUCAUGUUACAAUACAUAUUAAAGAUUCGACCAAGACAUAAAAUCAGCACAAA